GUGUGACGCCCCGUUUCUCUCGUUUCUUCAAUCCCCCAGCCUCCCCCCGUCCACGGCUCCACCUUACAUCUUCCAUCCCCAAAAGCAAAAAAGAAGAGAAGCAGACCGCCCAGCAGCGCGUCCCCAUCCAUCUGUCCGUCCGUCCGUCCGUCCGUCAGUCCUUCUGUCCCCGACAAAAACCGCCGAGCCGAAAGUCCGACUCCCACCUACCACUCCUUUCCUCUCUCACCAACCUCUCCUAAACCCUCCUCCUCAUCUCCCCUCCCCCUGCAGCCUACCCAAAACCCAACCAUCAUAACCACCUUCAUUUCUUUUCAAACGGUUGGUGGCAGACGCAGACGCAGACUCCGAAAAGCGAUGAAAAAGCUCUACCACGGGAAGGCCGGCCGUCGGGUCCACCCGUCCGCUCCCCCGCCACCGCCGUCGGCGUCCCCAAAAUUUCUGAUUCAGCUGGCAGCCCUCCCCGCCGCCGUCCUGGCCCUGGCGGCCGCCCUCUCUCCCGAGGAGCAAGAAGUCCUCGCCUACCUCCUCUCCGGCGGCGGCGAAGGAGGAGGAGGAGGAAAAGGGCGGCGCCGCCGGCGCGGCGGAGGCGCCGUGCUCCACCCGCCGGAGCUGGGCUGCGGGUGCUUCGCCUGCUACAAGAGCUUCUGGGCGCGGUGGGACGCGUCGCCGAACCGCCACGUGAUCCACCGCAUCAUCGACGCCGUCGAGGAGCAGGCCCUCGAGCCCCGCCGCGGGCGCCGCCGCCGCGGGAAGUGCGGUAGCGCGCAGCACCAGCAGCAGCAGCAGCAGCAGCAGCCGCUGGAGGCGGCGGCUGCGGAGGAGGACGGCGUUGAGGAGACAGCGGCGGCGGCCGAGGAGAAGGGGAUUGCGAUCGCCGAUGAUGAGCACGAUGGCGACGAUGAUGGGGACGAUGAAGAUGACGACGAUGAUGCCGAUGAUGCCGAUGAAGAAGAAGAAGAAGAAGACGAAGAAGAAGAAGGAGAAGAAGGGGUUGGUGGGGGGCUUAGCAACCGUGAUGGUGAGAGCAAGAGCACGGUGAGGAAGUUUGUGAGUUUUAUUGUGGACAGGGUUUGGGGAAACUGAAAACCUAAAGUGAUGGUAGAAGGUCGAAAUUAGAAUUGAAGUUUUUCCUGGUUUGGAGAUCAAGAAGGUCAGUUUCCUCUUCCUUCUUUUUUUGGCUAAUUUUGGCAAGGAGAGGAGAGUUGCAAGUCGCAACUCCUUUCUCCUCUCUGUUGUGUAAUAUAUUUAGAUCCUGCUGGCUGAAAUUAGAGAAUUAAUUAAUUCAGGCCUACUUUUGCAAUCUAAGUUGCCCUUUUGAUCCAUGUAAAAAAAAAAAGGCGGGGAUUGGAAAGCUUUUUCUAUCUAAUCUAAUUUUGGUGAGGAGAGUUGUAGCUCCUCUCUGUUUUUGUAAUAUAUUUUUCUGCUGGCUGAAAUAAGAAAAUUCAGGCCUACUUUGCUCCAA